AUGCCGCGUCAACGUAGUGGAUCGAAAAACGGAAAGCCGUCAAUGGUCCCGUUUUAUAUCAACUAUCAGCAGACUCUUGGAUCACCAUUCAUUUCGUUCGUUGAAAUUUCCAUGACCAACGAACACUACAAAUGCAAAGAAAAUUGUGACCCAAAUACGUCAGCCAAAUGCGAGAAUGGCGGAUAUCCUCACCCACGAAACUGUGAGAAAUGUAUCUGUCCUGGUGGAUACGGCGGAGAUCUUUGCAACGAAGAG